CACACGAGAAAAAUUCAACAAAUCAAGUGCACACAGAAUUAUUUAUUAUCGAAAAUUUAGUGAAAAUAAAUAUAAUUAAAUAACAAAAAACAUUUCAUUUGAUACAUCGUUCCAUAUAGAAUAUGAAAUAAUAAAACGAUAUAAAUUUAUUGUACUGAAAAGUUAAAGUAAAGUACGAAAGAUGCAAAUGUAUUGCUUUAAGCCCAAAUAGAAAAAAUUACAAUCGUUCAAAGUGAAAAUAAAUUUGUUUGGAAUUGAAAAUACUUUACAAUGGAUGCAAAGAAAAAUAAAAUGUGUAAAGUACGUCUGAGACGUCUCAGACCAGAUAUGGUGGACAAGUUAAAGAUCAAAAGAGGAAUGUCAAAAGCCGAUGUACAAUUUAGUUCAUCAUCCUCAGAAUCAGAAGACGAUAAAAUGAAUGUGGAUGAUGAGUGUGAGAAAAUAAGUGUGCAGCUAAAGAGUCCUCUUGCUUUGGGCGGUAACAAAGACUUUGAUCCAUAUGUCCUACUAACUGAAGCCCAGGCUGCCUUACAAUUGAGUUCUGAAAAUGAUUCCAAAAAUACGGAAGAAAAAAUGGAUGCAGAAUGUUCAGCAAACAAUACCAGCAAUAAAAAUAUUUCAAUAACAACAGUUUCAAAACCGCAAAAGAAACCAAAACAUUGUAAAAAACAAAAAUCAAACUGCUAUCCACCACUUGGAGAGAAUAGUGCUAACGCCAGCAGUGGAAAAUUAAAGACAUCAAUUGAAAAUGAUAUUUAUGAUUUGAUAUAUUAUCACAGCGACGAUGAAGGACCCUGCAGCUAUAAUUGCAAUCAUGCUAGGUCAUCUUCAACUGCCGCAGUUCUUGCUCUUGCACCCACCGAUCGUCGCAGCAGUACUGGCAGUAGUUCAUCUUUGCUUUCAGAUAAAUGUUCUAUGCCUUUUUUCAAACUUUUCGAAAAUAAUUGUAUAUCUGUUAUGGAUGAUGAAAAUCCACCAACUGCUCUGUCGAAAAUACUUUCGAUUAAAGAAUUCGAUCCACUGGCUCCUCAACAAAUACUUGCUAUAAUUAUUAAGUCGAUUGUGUCUCUGGCGGAACUGAGUCAACGUGAUGACAAUAUAGUUUGCAUAGAUAUCGAUAAACGCCGUAUAAUGGAAUUUUCCGCUAUGAGUCCAGAGGAAAAACGAAAUUGUCCUCUUAAUCCGUAUAUGGAUGUUUCCAAUAUAGUAGUAACUCACUCUGAUGAUGAAUUUUUAACAUUUUGUUUAUGCGAAAAUUGUGAAAAAUAUCGUGAAUUUGUCAUACAUAUAAUGGUGGAACAAUUUAAAGCCACUCAUAUGGUAGUUAUGCUAUUAGAUGUUUUAAUUAAAUCAUAUGGACCUAUGUUAAAAAACAUUACUGCUUAUAAUAAGUUUGAAAAGCUACUCGAUAGUAAUAAGGAAAUAUACUGGAUAACAUGUGGUGUUAUAUACCAUAAAAAGGCUGAGCAUUUUGAUUUUAUUUAUGAUGAAUAUCUAUCGGAUAAUAUGAUAUUUGUACUCUUCAGUUCCAUUUUAAUGCUAAACAAUCCAUUGCUUUUGUUGCAAAUAUUGGCAUUUCAUGUGGAAUGUAUUGUGGAAGCCUAUGCGGAAGGUUUUUUGGAAAUUGUAGAGCCCGAUAAAAGUAAAAUACCAGCUGAUGAAAUGAUAAAUUAUAUUCUCAAUGGCUAUGAUGAUUUAAUGCGCAUUUCCGAGCAGGUGGCUUCUUAUUUGUUUGCUUUCGAAAAUGACUUUUUGCGUAAAUUUUCUUUAACCUGGAAACUUCUCUGUCAACGUUUGUAUCAGCAACAUGUUCAUUUUCAUUUGGCAGAUACUAUGUUGGCCUGCAUUAUAACCUUAAAAGAGGAGGAGUUAACUGCACAUCAUACUGAUCUUAUCAAGCGUUAUAUACAGUUUGAUGACAUUAUGAAUUAUGUUGAAAAACGUUGGACCGAUGUAUGGAUCGAAUUGAAUAAAUUCAAUUUGUCCGAGGUAGAACGUAAACGACGUAAAUCACUUUUAGAUGUGUAUCGUAUUUUUGAUACGGUGGUACAGGAUGCCAUUGGAUUUUCGCUGCAGGACAGCGUGGACGAUAAUGAUUUUUAUGAUUUUCGUUUCUUAAAGAAUCGUCGCUUAGCCUGGAAGAAUAUUAUGUCCUAUACAAAAAUGAAAUGGCCAGAUGGUUUCUUUCAACCGCCCAAUACUUUAGUUAUAGAUGAUAAAUGUCAGACGUGUAAUGUUUCCUUAGACUAUCAUGCAGACUAUUGCAAAUGUAUCACGUGUUCCAUAGCUGGUGGACCUUUACCACCUAGACGUAAUGCCGACGGUAAAUGUUCCAAAUGUUUGGCACACGAAAUUGUCGAGAAAGAUGUUAAUUUCUAUGAUUCGAAAAUAUUAAACGUUUGUGCCAGUGAUGAUUUUCAAAAUUUGGUUUCAAAGACCAGCAAUAAUGGUGCAAAACGUAAAAACACUGCCCUUCAAGAGGUUGGUCAAGAAUUAUAUUCGACCUUAGCUUCAGUUGGAGAAAUGUUAAAUGUUAAUGAUUACGAAACAAGUUCAGAAACAGCAUCAACUAAUAAUAGUUAUCAUAUCUCAUGGGCUGUCUUCAAUCAUUUAAACAAUCGCAAACGUUAUCCCCAUGCAACAAUUGAAGAAGAGUAUUUUUGUCGUGAUUGCAAACUGCCUUCCUGUCUUUUGGCACAUAAGAUUUUAGCAAAUAAAAUAUCUCCGUCACUCUCGCAGGAUCUGGUACAUUACUAUCAGCCCAUGUCGAUGAGUCGCGAAGAAUUGCGUUCAAUUUUACCCAACAUAAUGUUGUAUAAUCGUAAAUUAGUUGCCUCUAAUAAUGGACUAGAUUUAAUAGAUGUACAUGAUUUAGUUGUUAAAAUUUAUUGGAUUUUUAUAAUCUCAAUAUAUGCCAUUUAUUUUAUUAAUUACGACGACAAUGAUGAGGAUGAUGGUAAUGAUAAAGAUGCUUCCGCUGUUACUGGUGGUGGCAAUCAUGACGAUAAUGUUGCUGGCAAUACUGGAGACAAUGAGAUGCAAGAGCAUACAAAGCGUAAAGCUUCAUAUUUAGAUAUUUUGGAAUUGGUAAAUAAUGACAUUAAAGUAAAUGUCGACAAAAUAACGGGCAAUAAGGAUGAUACAAAGUUUUUAGAAUUUCUCGAUAAGGUCAAGAGUUUAUCACCAUAUAAUAACGAUGUGGAAUCCAAUUUUGAUGUGGGUGUUAAUGUUAAUAGUGCUGAAAUGCAAAGGAAAUUGAAUGAUAUUUUAAAAAUAAACGAUAACCAAGAUAUUCCUCCACAAUGUGAUAAUAUACCACCGCCAAUCAUGACCCCAACUGAAGAUGAAGAACAACCCCAGACCUCAGAUUUAACUCCUUCGGAAACAGUAGAGGCACAACCUAAAAAGUCUUGCAAGGAAAAAACUAAGAAGUGUUGUUUUGAUCAUUCUGAUAUGGGAACAGAUCAUUGUAAAGAAAAUCAUUCGAGUAAAAAACGCUUAAAAAAGGAUUGCAAUCAUGCUCGCAUGAAUGAGACAAGAGAUCGUUUGCGUAAGAAAUUGUCCCAAAUUGUGAAUGCAAGAAAAAAUACAAAACCUUUGCAAUCGGCGGAAACUGCGCAAGCAUCAACUGCAGCAUCACCGACUACAACAGCUGCAACUGCUUGUGCCGAAGCGCAAAAUCAAAUGGAAAAUGUAUUAAAUCCAGAAGAGUUAAAGUUGUUUCAACAGUAUUUGCCUCAGCCAGAUUUUUGGGAUAUUCAUGAUAUUGUUGCAACAUUUGAUCAUUUUCAUACUGAAGCUAGACGUAAUAAUAAUCUACACAAUCUUUGUGAAUGCUUGCAACAUUUAAAAACAAAUCCUAAAGGAGCUGAAUCGAAAAAUAAUAGCAAUAACAAUAAUAGCGGUAGCAGUAGUAGUAGCAAGAAGCUUCAACAACAACACACUCAUCAACAUGUUCAACAACAAGAGCAGCUGCAACCACCGCCACCACCACCACCACAACAACAACAGCAUGAAAACAAUCCAUCUCCGCCUCAGCAAUCAUCCUCACUAGAACCACCAAAUAAGAAAUCAAACUUAAGCAACAACUCUACACGUGAUGCUUCAACCUCAAGCCAGGGCACAAAAAAUAAAGAUAAUAAUUCUACGAAUAACACCACUACACCGAUUUCAUCAUCAAAGACCGCCAACAAUUUAGAUUUCGUCAGUGAAAUAUGUGAAAUUAUUGAUAAUUAUUCCAAAGAGCAGGCAAAACGCAAAUGGAUUAAAGAGACACUUAGUUUUAUUGAAGGGCCGACUUCAGGUGCUGGCAAAAAGAAGACACAACCACAGACAUUAAAUCCCAAAAAAGCUGCCAAAAAAGCCAAACAGAAACAACGUAAAGAAGAAGAGAAACGUAUAACCGAACUGCAAGAUCUAAGAUCACAGUUUCAUAAUAUUUACUUCAAGGAGUUUAGCGAAAAACUAAAUCUUAAAUCCUUAAAGGCCAACAAGAAGCGGGACAAAAAGAAAAUCAGUGAAUUGGAAAGUAACAUAAAGAAUUUACAACGUGCCAAAGCUAAAGUUGAAACUGCCAUACUAGAACUAAUAGCAACGGUUAAGCAAACGAAUACCGAAUUCAAAUUCCCCUAUUUGCCUACUAAAGAGCAACAAAUGGAAAAAGUAAGAGAGUUAGAAGGUCAUGAUACCAGCAAGGAAGGCGAUAAAACCAUUAAAGUUCGCAACUUACUACAUCACACAGCAAAAGAAGCUGGCGAUGCCAUGAAUUAUGCUACAACUACUACCAGUACAUCUUCUCCGUUCACUAUGACACCAACUAACAACUUAAAUAUGGUACCAGAAUCGUAUAGCAUGCCCUAUGCCCAUGCUAACCACUUUCCAUACAAUCUUGGAUUUCCCACACCUGCGGCUCCAGCUCCAUUUGGUCUAAUGCGUGCUACGCCCAUGUGUUAUGCCCCUCCACCGACCGCAGCAGUAGCUUCAGUUCAACAACAACAGCAGCAGCAGUUAGCACCUGAUGUUGUAGCGGCCAUGGCGGCAAAUACUGCAAGUAACAAUACCACAGAUCCCUCCAAGCGCAUAGUAACAAUCAGGCGAGUUAAUUUACCGAAUGUACCAGAGCCUCAAGUUACGGUUACGGCUAAAGGACCAUCCCCAGAUAAAGACAAAUUACUGUACACUUUUAUAAAUGGCCAACUAAUACAAACUGGCACAGCUCCACCAAUAACCAUACCACAAAUGUCAGCAGUAACUCCCUUGCAUCAUCCACCCCAACCACCGACAACGCAGCAAUCUACACAUGUUACAAAACUUACUGCGGAACAUUUGCUAUCUAUACCACCUCCUCCUCCACCGAAACUUUCGAAAACGCAAAUGAAAAAAGAAAGGAAGCGCUUGGCUAAACUACAGGCCGAAAAGGAAGCUGCUGAAGAAGCAGAGCGUAAGCGUAUUGAGGAGGAGCAGCAAAGAUUAAGAGAAUUGAGAGAACAAAAGCAGUUAGAAAUGCAGCAAUUGCAGCUAGAACAACAACAGCAACAAAAGCAGAAGCAACCAAAGAAGAACAAGAAGAAUUCACAAACUCAACAACAAUCAAAAUUGUCCUGUUGUCCACCAUCAUUGGCGUCUAAUGCCAACAACAAAGAGCCAUCAUCGAAUAGAAAAAACAAAAAUAAACUUUCCAACUCUAAUUCUACAACAUCAGUUUCAACAAAUGAAGCUAAUGAUUCACCCAAACUACCACAAAUGAUGGCCAUAAAAAAUGCAUCAAAACAAAAACGUUCCGAUUCUACAACAACGUCUUGCUCAGCUGCAACAUCUACAUCGUCAAAUAAUUCUACAAGUUCGCAAAUGAAUACGAGAGAUAAUUCUGUCAGUAGUCUAAAGCCAUUAGAUUUACAAAAGAACUCUUCGAACAAUAAAAAGAACACCGAAAAGGAACAAAAAACAGCUACCAAUCAAAAGCCUAACGCUGCUAACAAAAAUAAAACAAAGACCAGCCAAUUGAAACAGCAAAAACAAAACAAAAAAACAACAAGAAUACCACCAACUCCUUCAACCACAUCCUCAGAUGCUGAAGACGAAGAUGAACGGCAAGAAUUAGAUAAACCAAAAGCGCCAACACCUCCUGCGCCAUCUAAAAAUCAAAAACAACAAACGCAAGCUACGAAGUCAACAAAAUCAUCACUUAAUAAACAACAGAACAUACCACAAAAAUUAAAAACUAAUCCGAAGCCAAUAACGCCACCAAGUUCUGAUAGCGAAACUGAAGAAGAAGAGGAAGCUGUUAUUACUGCUGAACCGCCAAUCAAGGAACAUAAAAAACGACGCCCUAAAUUAGUGGACAAUGGACAAUUUGAUAACAAUCCAUUUAAGUCGUUACACAUGCAAGAUUCUGAAACUGAUUGGUCUUCUGCAGAGGAUGAUGAAGCAAAUGAAGAUACUGAAAAUGAAGUUGAUGUCAAAAUGAACAAAACUUCAGAUAUAGUGCAAAAAACUUCAGUGCAAAAGAAUGAACCAAAAUCAAAAUACACCGAAGAACAGAGUAACAAUGUUAAAUCGAAUUCAACACAAAAUCUGAAGAAGAAACCGGAAACGUUAAAUGAAAGUAAAGAACGCAAAACACCGCAGCCGUCAACAUCAUCGUCAACAGGAAAUAAAAAUGCAACCAGCAAGUCUUCUAAAAGCAAUAAGAACACAAAAUACCAGCAGUCAAAUGAAAAAUUGGAACAACAAAUUACUGCUACAAAAUUAAAUAAUCCAUCAAGAGGACAACAAAGGCUGCAGGAGGUGGAAAAUAAAGCAAGCAAAACCGUACGUCCGCCAAAACAAACAAUACAACAAAAUAAUGGUGGAGUGCCUAAUAGCCGUAAAGGAAAAAAUGAACACCGGCAAACAAAUGCCAACAGUUUUAUGCCUCAAAAUAAAUCCAAUAAUAAACAACCAAACGCUUCUUCCAGUGCACGUAAUCAACAAUCGACUUGCUCUACUAGCUCUCGAAACAACAGUAACAACAACCGUAAUAACAAUAGAAACACUAGUAAUCUGGAUCAGAACCAACAUAAUUAUCAACAUUAUAAUCAUCAGCCUUCAUCCACUACAGAAAAUAGGACUUCUUCAAACAAACGAUCACAACGUAAUAAAAAAUAUCAACAAAAAUCACAAAAACACUCUUCGAAUUCGCAUCAUAACCACCAUCAGAAUUGUUGUUCAUCUGGAAUACCCAAUCAUAUGGGUUACUUUAAUGCAAAUGAAGUUAAUAUAACAUCAUCGGCCACUUCGGCACAUACGCAGGAACCAGCUCACACUAAUGCAUCUCAAAAUCGCUCCUAUCAAGCGUUGGCCGAUCAAAUGCAAGCUUUGCGUCUAAGUGGCCAUCAAGUUCAAUCAACAACUGCCGCAGCGACAGCUCAACAACGUCAACAACAUAUCAAUUCGGCAAAUGUCAGUAUUAUGGAUCAGCUAAAUCGUGGUGUUCAAGUUGAAAAUCUUUCUCUGCCGCCUGGCAUCACUCUCACAAAAGUUGAUCCCAUUAAGAGUGAGCAGCUGCGUCAAAAAUCUGAAUCGAUUAAGAAAUUGGCAAAACCUCUACAACAACAGCAACAUCUUCAUCAACAACAUAAUCCACAAACAUUCCAUCACUCUGCGUCGGGAGCCACUAUUAUAGCGCCACCUGUUGUCAAUCCUAUGGCCAGUUAUUAUGGUUCGCCUUAUAUUAAUGCCGCCAGCGCCACAGCAGGCAUUGAUCCUCAAAGUGGUAUAAUAAUGGUUGAAGCUAAUCCUCCUAAAACCCAAUCCAACAACAGAAAUAAUACAAUGCCACAGACAAACGUGGCCAAUAGCAAUUGCAAUAGCAAGCAGUCGAAAAAUAAGAAAAGACGCAACAAAUCAAAGGCUACUAACAAUAAUGGUUCAUGCUCCAUGGCAAGUUCUGUUAAUUCGAAUCAAUCUGAAAAUAGUGGACAACCAAAAAUGAUAACAUUAAGAAAUCCUAUGUUCCAUGGUGGACCCACUGCUGCAGCUGCGGCAAUGAUUCAUCCACCCGUUUUAUUGCCAGGUCGACCAGCAGACGGUUUUCCUAUGCCUGCACCCUUGCCAGUUGAUCAACCAGCAGCUAUUAUUAAGAAUGAAAAUGGUAUGUAUACCAUACGUAAUCCAGCAUUACACCAGGCUGUUACUAGUGGCUUGGCUAUGGGAGGAUAUAGACAAUUUGGGGGAAAUGUUAAUUACUACACUCCUCAAGAAGCAGCUGCAGAAGCUGCAAGAGCAACACGUCAACAGCAGCAACAACAUAAUGAAAAUAAUAACAAGUCUUCCACAACCAGUGGCAACAAUCCAUCUUCAUCAUCAUCGUUUUCAUAUUUCUCCAGUGACACUGUACAAACAAAUACACCCCACAAUAACAUCAGCAUUAGUUGCACCAGUAUCGGAGGAGCGGAAUUGAACCAUGCACGUGCUGGUACUAGUGUGAGCGGUUUAAUCGGUGAUGCUGCUGUAAUUCAACGUCCUACCCCACAACAGCGACCUAUUUCUGCUAUUGGAAGUGAAAUAAAAAACGCUCAACAACAGAAACAAAAAACUAAAGUCGAACAACAAUGGUCUAAUUUUGGUUCAGAUACACUGCCCCUAAAUAAAAAUGACAAUUUAGGUUGCAAUACAUCGUUUUUGAGUAACGUUUCAGAAGGUGGUGCUAAUACAGUUGUAAGUGGUGCUGCGGGUAGUGGUGUUGUCGCACCGGUGACUGAUUUAUCAUUACAGGAAAAAUAUCAACAAUCUAAGUAUUACAAUGGUUUUGACGUGUUUACUGGCACCGGCAGUGGUGGCAGCAGUAGUUCGGCUGCAACUUGUGCCCAUAUGCAUCAUAGUUGUGGUGAUGAUUCACCACCACCCUCUAUAACUGGUUACAAUUCAUACCUAGAAGGUAUUCCAAAUACUGGUGUUAUACGUUAUGAUGAUGCUUCCUUUUUAAAGAAUUUAAUACCGGGACAGAAUCUCAAUAAUGAGGUGUCUAUACAUAAUGUUAAUGACUCAAAUUUUGCCCGUAAUGCCCAAUCGCCGCAGGCUCAUCGUGUUGAAAUAACCCCAGUCUAUGGUAACAGGCCACCAUCGACAAAUUUAUAUGAAUCAACGGCUGGACAAGCAAAUCAAACUAAUUUUAGAGGCAAUUAUCGUGAUCCGUUAAAUGACUACAAAAAUGAUGCUACUACCAUUUUCCCUAGUAAUAAUAUGCACUUGAAUUUAAACGAAUUGGAAAACUCGAUGAAAUACGAUUUCGAACAAACACCGACAACAGCAACAAAUGUCGCUGCUGUAGCGGGUGAUAACAGUCACAAUACGAUAUUGGAUUUUAAGGAUUUAUUAAUUAAGAAUGGACCAACUGGCCCAGCCAGUCAUCGUACUUCACCCUAUUUGGAUGAAAAUACCCUUGAGGGAUUUGUGCAAAAUAUGAAUUCCCUGCAAAUUUCAAACACAUCAACUGAAGAGCCAAGCUCUCAACUGAACGGCAGUGGUCAUUGUGUUGGACAUGGUAAUACCGCUACAACUAGUGCUAAUAAUCCUUCGAAUGGUUGGUGGUAAUUAUCUCUUAUCUCAAUACCAUCCAUCAGUAACAAUUUCUAAAUUGAGCCAGAGGAAAAACAAAAAACUAUAAGAAAACGCACUCUCAAGCAUUCAUUUUGAAUGUAAAAUAUUUACUAUUUAAAAUGUAAAACAAAAACUAUUCGAAGAAUAGAUUUUAUUAACUCUCUAUCUAAACGUAACUCUAUAUAAUUGUGAACACACUCAAUGCUGAUGAACAAUUGUUAUUUGCAAUAAAAACAAAAAUAAGAAAAUAAAAUCCAAUAAAACAUAAACAUUAAUAGAAAUAUAUGAAGAAAAUAAAAACUAAAACAAAAACGACAAGUGAAUGCUAUUCUAUCUUAUUAUUAUUAACAACAACAACAAAAACUAAUAAUUGAAAAGUGUGAUUUUCUUUUAUUUUUAAUACAUACAUAAAAAUUAGUAGUAUUGAAAUAUGCUUGUGCUUAGUUUUUCUUUUUAAAUUGUUUUAAUUUUUUGUAUACAAUUUACACAUCAUCAACUCAUACACACAACACACAGUUGUGUUCGUAAACACAUAAUACGUUUACCACAUAAUUUUAGAACAUUCAGUAUUUUGCAAUUUAUUAACAACAACUAAAAGUGUCUAAUUAAUUAAUUAUCAAAUUACAUAUUUUAUUUUCAUUCUAUACUUAAACAAAUACUUCAAUAUUGAUAAUAACGAAAUAUUCUAUGUAUGUAUAUGGCGUAUUAGUUUAGCGCAAAAAAAAUAAAAUAAAAAAAAAUUUAAUUUGAAAACGGCA